UUCACCACCACCACCAACCAUCAUCUUUAAUACAAUCACCACCACCAACAUCUUACACACAGCCAUCAACUACCACCACACACACAACUUUAAACCAGCACAGUUCUCAGCACCAACACCCUCCUCAAUAGACCAUCUCAGCACCAACGCCAUCACUGUCGGUACCCUCACCUCCAGAUCAAUCAACACCAUGACUUUAUUUCAUUUCGGAAAUUGCUUCGCGUUGUCAUACUUCCCCUACCUCAUCACGUACAAGUGCACCGGCCUAGCCGAGUACAAUGCGUUCUGGAGGUGCGUGCAGGCCGGUGCCACCUACCUCUUCGUACAGCUGUGUAAGAUGUUGUUCCUCGCCACCUUCUUCCCAACAUUUGAUGGGGCAACUGCGGGCGGCUUUGACUUCAUUGGGGAGCUCAUGAAGGCAACAGUUGACCUGGGUGACCUCCUGGGCCUUCACCUCAUCAUGGCCAAGAAUGCCGGCAAGGGGGAGUACAAGGUGAUGGUGGCAGCCAUGGGCUGGGCCACUGCGGAACUGAUCUCCACCCGAUUCGUCCCGCUCUGGGUGGGCGCCCGUGGAAUGGAAUUCGACUGGAAGUACAUCCAGAUGAGCCUCGACUCCAACAUCACCCUCGCGCACUACGUGGCGGCCGCGGCGUUGGUGUGGAUGUGGUCGCGGUACGAUCUUCCCCGUGGCCUCACGCCCAUCGUCUCCGCGCUGCUCGCGCUCGCCAUCUACCGCAACUUCCUCGUCGAGCUGCUGGUGUGGGCGACGGCGCCCAGCGGCUGGAUGACCCUGGCCAUAAAGUCGGCGUACACGGGCUCUGUGGCGCUCGCGUCGCUCUCGCUCUUCGUGAGGGUCGCCCACGCCGCGUAGUCGGGAGGCACGCGCGCCGAAAGCCGGCGGCAGCGCGCUUCGGCCGCUUGUUGCAGAGCGUUGCGGUUCGAUAUCGCGCCGGCCGCCCUGGUUAAUACACCCGGCAGUAUUAAGCAUGUAGUGCGCGCCGUCUGCUUUCACAGGAGUAGACGUUCAAAGAUCCCGUGAUGUUGUGAAAAAAAAAAGAGAGCAGGCCAUGUGUGCCAGCGUCGUAGACAAAAUUUGGCAAUUUUUUUUUUAUCAAGUACUCGCAAAUUACCUUAAUGGGGAAGCCACGUGGCAACAUUGCCCUCUGCUAGCAGGCUAAUGUCAAUGUGCUGGCCAUUGCUGCGUUCAACUUGUCUCUCACAGAGAUAACUGCCACUGGGGGGGUCCCCUACCACGGGGCACCUCGAGAUGGGAGGAGCGGUAUUGAUAUUAAGUUAUGAUUAUGAUUUAACCCGGGUCGCCCUUGCAAAGGCGGCAGUGUUUCACGUGUCUCAAUGGAUUGAUUUAAUCUCCUCUUUCAUAAACGAUAUAAAUGAAAUUAUAGUCGCCCUCUUCUUGAGUCGCCCAAUGUGCGUAGCCACCUCGGCUCGAGCGGUGGGUGCCAGCUGAGCGUGCGAGACUCAGGCGGAGGGGACAGCGCCAGGGACAAUGGAUGGCAGCGAGAGGCACAUUUCAGCAAUUAAUAAUUUACGAGCAGCUGUAUGGACAUGCACCAGUUUUGCUUGCCAAAUGUUCCACUUACCCUAUGUUUUUACAAGAUAAUUAGUUUUGUGUAUAGAAUGUCAACAAUAUACAAAUGAUGCAAUCAUCGUGGGCGACAUUCAUUACUUUAAUCAUCUUGUUCUUGUGCGCAAGUACAUUUGCAGAAUGCUGUGCCGUCCUGCAAAUAAUAUUAAUAAGGGACAGCUCGACUGCUGAAUGAAGGUCUCUCAUGCCGCGUCCAGUCACGGGGCUGGUGUGACCACAUUUUACCGUGCUGGUCUGUGCCGUUUGAUGACGGGGGCGUGGACCCAGGACCGGUUCAGAUAUUGCUCGCCACUGAUGUGUCGCGUGGCGGGGAAUUGGAACUGGAAUCAUUGCGUUCAUUGGCACAGUGUGCCAACCGUUGCAUAACAGUUCCCUGGUCAUACAUAUACCUGACGACCAAAUAAAACCUUGCAAUGCUCAUCAUGUAGACCAAUUUCAGUAUAUUUACACAUUUUAAUUUGUUGCGUUUUGCUUUGUCAGUCCCAGGUCUCCAUAAAAAAAACACACUUCAUCAGGUCUCAAUGGACUUAUUUCUGCACGUAAAGUUAAAAUGUCCAGUUGCCUCUUUUUUUUCAAUGAAAGUGUCUGCCAGGCGAGUUUUUAACCACUGUCUCACACCAUUAAAGGCUGUGGUGAUCCUGGGGUUCAUGCUGUUCGAGCCAGGUUAUCAUUAAAGUAAUCUAUAGCUCUCGCGAUUA